AUGCUCGCUGCCGGCCGUCUCCGCUGCAGCCUCCCGUCGAGCGCCAUGGCUUCGGCAUACAGCGCGUACCAUGGCGCCGCCAGCGGCUCCCACUUCACCGUCACCGCCCUGGGCCGCUGGUCGAGCAUCAACAAACCUCUUCCCCGUGAGCCUUCUCGGCGGGAUCCCCCCCCCCUCCUUGGCGCCCUCUUGCUGAUCGGGCGGGCAGCGGUGGAGAAGAUCAAGACGUUGCACGUCUACGACUUUGACAAUACCCUCUUCAAAACCCCGAUGCCCAACCCCGCCGUCUGGGCCGGCCCGACGAUCGGCAUGCUGGCGAGUCCCGACGCCAUCGCUAGCGGCGGAUGGUGGCACGACAGUCGGAUACUCGCCGCCACCGGCCGGGGCCUCGACGAGGAGGAGCCCCGCGGCUGGGAAGGCUGGUGGAACGACACCGUCCUGGAGCUCGUCAAGCUCAGCCUGAAGCAGCCCGACGCUCUCUGCGUCCUCCUGACCGGCCGUUCGGAGCACUCCUUUGCCGACCUCGUCAAGCGGAUGGUGGCCAGCCAGAAGCUCGACUUCCACAUCAUCAGCCUCAAGCCCAAGGUCAGCCCGACGAACCAAAAGUUCGGCAGCACCAUGCACUUCAAGCAGCUUUUCCUCAACGCCCUCGUCGAGACCUACAAGCAGGCCUCCUCCAUCAAGGUGUACGAGGAUCGGCCGAAGCACACGAGGGGCUUCCGCGACUUCUUCGCCGAGUACAACCGACGCCAGGUCUUCUCGCCCACCCGCGGCCAGAUAUCGGCCGAGGUCGUUCAGGUCGCCGACAAGUCGACAACCCUGGACCCCGUCGUCGAGGUGGCCGAGGUGCAAAACAUGCUCAACCUGCACAACCGCGAGCUGGAGAAGCCCGAGUCCGACGGGCGACACAAGCGCCUGCGCAUCAAGAAGACCGUCUUCUUCACGAGCUACGUCAUCAAUCCCGACGACGGCCGCAAGAUGCGCCAGCUGGUCGACAUCCCCGCCGACAUCCCCCAUCAGCAUCUCAAGCACCACGCCAACAGCAUCCUCAUCUGUCCCCGGCCUUGCCCGGAGGGCAUCCUCGCCAAGGUGGGCGGCAUGGGCAGCAAGCUGCUCUGGGAAGUCACCGGCACCGCCUGCCUCGACAACAGCAUAUGGGCGGUCCGCGUGCGUCCCGUGCCCUCGACGGCCGCGUACCACACCGACAACCCUAUCCCGCUCGUCGUCUUGGCCCUCCGCAAGGGCGCCAAGCCGAUAGACGCCGGCAAGAUCACCCGGUGGGACCCCGUGCCGCCGGGAAACUCCUUUGUCUUCGAAACCACGGUGGGCGAAAGGGUGCUCUUGCGAGUGGAGAAAGACGAUCCGCAAGAGGGCGAGUACGAAAGCUUGUUCGCCAACAGGUCGACGAAGCGAAAGCAUGCCGGGGACGACGAUUGGGCACCCCGGAAUGCACACGGUCCCCACGGAGGCCGCAACGAGUCGAGGGGCUACCACACUGGUCGAGGGGGGCGUGGCAGGGGGGUCUCCCAUCGCGGCCACCGCAACUACCCGAGGGGCGGCGGCAGGGGCGGCCGCGGUCGCGGCGGUUUCCAGGGCUACCGCUCCUUGGAUGACGUGGACAGGAAGAACGAUGCGGGCGCGUACAGCUCGUACGUAAACUACGACGAUGCGUUCCCGCCCCUGAACGAAGCUCCGGCUCCGCCUCAAGCCCACGGCUCGUUCAACCAAGGUUCCGCCGACGGCAGGGCACCCGCACGGAAUGCCGGCGGCAACAGUGCCGACCUCCAGACGUACUACUAG